AUGGUUUGGGGAUAUCAUGCUGCAGAGCCUAACUCCUACCUCGUCAUCACUGGCGCAGGUGUCAAGGGACUGAAGCUCACCAAGAAGGCUAUGGUCCUUCCUUUCCAGAAGGUUACCAAAAUUUCAGUCACACCAUUCCACUUCACGACCGACCUCCAGGCCAUGACAUCGGAGAAGCUUCAAGUCUGUUUGCCAGCCGUUUUCACCAUCGGCCCCAAGGACGACCCCGAGUCACUCUUGAAAUAUGCUGGCUUGAUGACGGACAACAACUCCGACGCUGGCGUUGCUAGCCGCGAGCACAUCCAAGCCAUCAUCAUGGGCAUUGUCGAGGGAGAGACAAGAUCUGUCGUCUCCAACAUCACCAUGAAGGAGCUCUUCGAGAAGCGCAGCCUUUACCGCACAAAGGUUGUCGAACACGUUCAAACCGAACUCACCCAAUUCGGUCUCCACAUCUACAACGCAUCUAUCAAGGAGCUUCGCGACAUGCCUGGCUCCCAUUACUUCGAAUACCAGUCCCGUAAAGCUCAUGAGGGCGCACAAGCCGAAGCAAAGAGAGACGUAGCUUUUGCUCGUGAAAUCGGCGAAGCCGAGAACGUAGGUAGAACCAAGCAGGAAAUCGCAAAGAUCAACGCCAACACGGCCGUCCAAGAAACCGAGCGCAAGAUCGAAAAGGCAAUGGCAGAAUCACGCUUCAAGUCUCAAGAGAUCGACAUUGAAAGAAAGCUGAAGAUUGAGAGUAUCCAAGCCGAACGUGCCGCCGAACUCAAAGACGCCGACCUCCAAAAAGGCGUACAAGAAAGCAAAGCCCUGAUGGAACUCGAGCGCAUGAGAGCAACCACCGUCACAAAAGCCAAAGUAGCAAAAGAAUCCGCCGCCGAAGAAGCAGACGCCCAACUCUACAAAGCCCGUCAAGCAGCAGAAGCCUACGCCUUCCAGCAAUCAAAAACCGCAGAUCUCGAACUCUACACCACGGAAAAACAAGCAGAAGGCCACUACCACAAGAAACAGCGCGAGACAGAGGCAAAAUUCCUUCAAGACAGUAAAGCUGCCGAUGCCUCUUUGUACCGUAAACAACAAGAUGCUCUCGGUGACUUUGAGAUCAAAAAGGCAGAGGCGGAAGCUUUGUACGUCCGUCACGAGCGCGAGGCAGCAGGUAUAAUCCAACUCGCCACCGCGUACGAAAAACUCGGCAAUGUGUUGGGAGGACCCCAAGGCGUGCGCGACUGGAUGAUGCUGCAAAACAACAUUCCCGUACAGCUUGCAAAGGCAAAUGCAGAAGCCAUCAGAGGCCUGCAGCCGAAAAUCAAUGUCUGGACUACUGGUGCGCAGGACAGUGCUGCUGCAGACUCGUUUGCUCCCAUCAAGAAUAUCAUGCAGAGUCUGCCUCCUUUGUUCUCGACUAUCCAGGAUCAGACGGGUAUGCUGCCUCCAACUUGGUUGGCGCAGAUGCCGAAUGGCAAUGGACGAACGGAUUCUGCUCACGAGCUCCCACUCGCUGUCGAGAAGCACAAGGGUAUUAACGGUGCUUAG